AUGCGGGAGGGUAAAGAUACCAUCUGGGCAUCGAGGAUACAUGCCGAACUAAAGUUCUAUCAAUAUGUGAACGAAAAACUGUUUCCAUUGUACAAUGUUAGCUUUAGACCGUCUGGAAAAAGUCUACGUGAAUUUCUCGUCCGUAUCUAUCGACGACAAAUUCAACCGGGUCCCAUAUUUAUUGGACUAGACCACAAUGUGCCACGAGGUCUAAUUGGACUUCGAUUUGUACACCUCACUCUGAUUGUCACCCCGAUCUACAUCUGUCAUGACAGAGAUAUUUUGGUGAAUCAGCACCAAUCGGAUUUGUCACCUACUUCCGAAACAGACAACAAAGCAGAUCUUGAGGAGAGAUAUUUUGCGUGCCAUUCCCAAUCUGAAAACAAUCAAACACUGAACUCCACCUGGUCCACGUUGUUGUGCAUCCCGUCCGAAUUGAUGUGUGAUAGCUAUCCAAAUUGUCCUCGAGAUGCACACAAACGCAUUCCAGAUGAAUAUGCUACACAAUGCUUUCAUGUGACUCCAUCGACCAAUCAGCGUUGGACAUGGAUCAUACCGAUGAUCGGGUUGCCCAUCGUUGUCUUAUCUAUCGCACUUCUCACGUGGUUUUGUCAAACCCGUCAGUGUCAACGUUGUCGUGAUUUGUGGCACAAACGAGCUCUACCGAACUCUCCGGAUCGGGCGGGAUCAGCUGCCAACUGUUCGGACUGUAUGCCAUUACCCAGUGCACUGGAAGAGGAAUUUCUAUUGAAUUACUCAUCUCGUCUCACUACCGGUCAUGGUGAUCCGACUCAAGCAUACGCACCACCACCACCUAGCUAUCACGAAGCCACGGGGAUUUUACUGCCUGAUUAUCCGAUCGCGGUAUUUCUACCCGCCCCAGUACACUCAUUAACACCGAGUUCCAACUAUCCGAUCAGUGGAUCGGACUCGUUGUUCGAUUCAUUUGGGGAAAAAUGUCCCCGUUCUUUAGUACCACCACAUUCUGGGGGAUUGAAUCGCAUUGCGCAGACGAUGCCACAAAAACCACCAAGCUAUCAACAGUGCAUUCGACCUGAAUCGAAUGGUGCACAUCUAAAUGGUGGUUUAUCGUCUGAUAGGAAAAAACGUCGCAUAGUUUGA